GUUUUUUUUAGGCAGGGAGGGAGUGCAUAAUAAUCAACAUAUUAGCCAAGGUGCUUUUUACAUAUCGAUCGAUCUAUUGCAAGCUACUUGGAAUCCUCACAGCGUUGUGGACUUUUUGGACCUUACAUCUCUCUUGGUGCUCUGCCUUGCCGGGUCGUUGACGAGCAACAUGCCGAAGAGGAAGUCUUCUGAGGGUCCUGAGGGCAAAGAGGCCUCCAAAGUCACAAAACAAGAGCCCACCAGAAAGUCAGAGAGAUUGUCAGCGAAGCCUGCGCCUCCAAAGCCCGAGGCCAAGCCCAAGAAGAUCAUUUUCAAGAAGGUGGUGGAUGAAAAGGGGGCAAAGGCGAAGAAAAGCACCACCAAGGGGAAGAAGGAAGAUGGCCCAGCCCAGAAUGGAGAUGCCAAAGAUAAUGAGAUCUUUGUGUGUCGUCCGUCUGUCAGUGUGUCAUCCAUCAGAAGCACAGCUCCCUCCUUGACAUCAGUGCGAGGGCAGAGUGAAACAGUCAGCGUUAAGGGCAAGUGAUGCAGCUGAGGAGGCAACUGAGGAGAAGGAGUGAAGUUAAAGGACGCCACUUGUUCCUGCCUCGUUCUCCACGGCGGCAAAGUUUUGUUUUGUUUUCUAACCGACAAUUUUUUGUACCAUACUGAUUUUUUGUAGACUUGUGAUUCAAUGGUAGAGAUGAACGACCAGCAUCCCUAAAUACCCUUUAUGUCCACACUCCUCUCGACUUCCUCUUGCUACACUACAGUACGUUCUCACUUUUAAGCUACGUGGCAACAUCUAGUGCGUGUUAUUUUUUUUAUAAUUAGACAGCUGCAGAUGUUCUCCAUUCUGACCGCUAAAGUUGCUUACCCUUUUAUUGUACCUGGGAGGAAGUGUUGUUUGAUUGCAGAGCACUGAAGGAACAAAAAAGACAGAGAACAUCUGCAGCAUUUUUACAGUUUAUGGUUUUUAGAAUGGCCCGUAGCUCCUUUUGUAUGCUCCUUUACUCCUUCCCAAAUGUUCAAUUUUCCUGCCGCAGAGUGACAUAGCAAUAAGCAGCGGUGCUUGUGUUCCACUAGCCGAGCACCUCAAUUGGCUUCACUGGGGUAUUCAUUCUGUUCGCAGAGUAUUUUCAAAUAAAAUAAAAAGUUGACUAAU